AUGGUGUUCUCUUGUCUCAGUUUACUCCGGGUGUGGGGUAAAACCACCGAUCCCUCAACAUCAGCAAAACAAAAGGAGCUGAAUUUUGGACGUCAGAGGAACCAGCCUGGGCAGCCCCCCCCCAUCCUCAUCAACCGCUGUUGCUCCCCCAUCCUCAUCAACCGCUGCUUGCCCCCAAAUCCCAUCAACCCCUGCCUGCCCCCCCAUCCUCAUCAACCCCUGCUGCCCCCCCCAUCCUCAAUCAACCCCUGCUGGCCCACCUCCAUCAACAAACCCCUGCCCCCCAUCCUGCAUCAACCCCUGCUGCCCCCCCCAUCCUCAUCAACCCCUGCUGCCCCCACCUCAUCAACCCCUGCUGCCCCCCCAUCCUCAUCAACCCCUGCUUGCCCCCCCCAUCCCAUCAACCCUGCUGCCCCCCCCAUCCUCAUCCAACCCGUGCCGCCCCCCAUCCUCAUCAACCCCUGCUGCCCCCCCAUUCUCUCUAUCACCCCUGCUGCACCCAUAUGA